UCGUCCAAGCUUCAUUACUGUUAAUGGUACCACAAAAUGGCUCUCAAAGGUCGUUAUCAUCGUCCAACUCUUUGUCUUUUAUAUUGGAUCACGUUAAUCUGUGUUAUUCAAACAGCAAAUGGACAACAAAUCGUAGAGGAAAAGGUUUCUGAAGGUCGACCUAGAAAUUCWGUUGUUCAUUCUUUUAUUUCAUCUAGUGCAGAUAUUUUCAGUUUUUACAAACCACAGGAUAGCGACGCUGCCGAGGCUUUAAGACUUUUUCACAUUUCGGAGAAUGGUGUUGUAACCACAGCACAGACUUUAACCUACACGAUCGGAAAAACCAACAAAUACGAACUUACUGUACUUCAGAGGCCUCAAGGUGCUACCGAAGGUGGAAAAGCUCAGACACUGAGAAUAGCCAUUGAAGAUAUCAACAACUUUCCACCAACUUUUGCCUUCCCGACUUAUCACGGCACCGUGACCGAGGGUUCCCCGGCGAACACUCUUGUUGAGGGCCUAGAAAAAUUUUAUGCCGAAGACAGAGAUACCAGUGGAAUAAAGGCAUACAAAAUCAUAAGCGGUAAUGAAAGAGGUUACUUUCAAGCCAGUACAAAGUCAGUAGGGACUAGACAGUUUCUUGAACUUAAAACCACGAGUACUCCAAUCGUGCGUGAUCCAAACACACCAUUUAUUAUACUCACAAUUGAAGCUGAGGAUGGCGGUAAUCCUCCUCUGUUUGGCAGCACGAAAGUCAAGAUAACCAUUGAAGACAGCAAUAACAAUGCACCUAAAUUCGAAGAGAACCAAUACUCGAUCGAAAUAGUGGAGAACACGCCAUUGAUGACGAAAGUUAUGCGAGUAAAGGCGACAGAUGAGGAUGUUGGUACAAAUGGAGGGAUCUAUUACUACAUGAGCCCGCUUGACGAAUAUUUUUCAGUGGAUGCGAUAACGGGGGACAUUAAAUUGGUAAGAGAGCUUGAUUACACAGUUAAGUCGUCACAUUCGCUUACGGUCUACGCUAGAGACAGAGGCUCUCCUGCAAAAACAAGCUCUCCAACGACUGUUACCGUAAGGUUAUCUAGCGACAUACCAGGCUACCCUCCUCCAGAUACACAAGACCCAGGCGUAAACACAAACCCUUAUUUUGCCUAUCCAACAUACAAAUUUAGUAUACGUGAAGAUUUUCCAGUCAAAGCAGCCCUACUUGCUGUGAGAGCCUCGGAUAAUGACCCUACAGGUCCCAAUAAACGUCUGAGGUAUUCCCUAUCAGGAAGUGAUAAAUUCAUCAUCGAUCAAAACAGUGGGAUUGUAACACUGAAUAAGGUGGUGGACUAUGAAACUGAGAGUAAAACAUACACUGUAAUAGUGACUGCGACAGACCAAGGAUCUUUGACUGCAACAACCAAUCUUGUYGUAGAGAUUCAGGAUGUUGACGAGAACCAUUUUUCUCCAACAUUUGCUACGAAGCAAGGCAAAGUGUCAAUUGCAGAAGACGCUGUUAAUAACACACUCGUUUAUACAGCAGCUGCCAAGGACGCCGAUGCUGGAUCUAACGGUAAAAUAAACUAUUACCUAGAAGAAGGUUCAGGACUUGGAUAUUUCAGGAUUAACCCAGACGAUGGACGAGUGACGGUAACAGCGUUGUUGGAUCGUGAGAAGCAGUCCCACUACGAACUUGUUAUCACAGCAAUUGAUAGUGCAGUAUUUCCUCGUUCCUCCAAAAUGUUUCUCAUGAUAGACAUCAGCGAUGUUAAUGACAAUAACCCCUAUUUCACACAACCUAUCUACUUGGCCAGGGUACCCGAGCAAUCAGCUGAAAACACCUUUGUCACUGUGAUAUCUGCGAAAGAUCCGGAUGGUGAUUCCCAACCAAUUUCUUAUGCUUUAACGGAUGCUUCUAAAAACUUCAAGGUUGAUCCUCAGACAGGGAUAGUGAACACUGCACGCAACCUUGAAGGCAGCAUCCGGAGAUUCGAACUUACCGUUACAGCAAGCUCAGGGGACACCAUCACCGGCCAGCUAAAUAUCACCAUUACAAGCAAGGCUGAUAAACCGCCUGUCUUCAAAAACACUCCAUAUCGAGCAACGGUUCCAGAGAAUAUGGGAAUCAUACCUAAUCUCAUGUGUAUUGCUGCUGUGGAUUCCAACUCUCAGGAGGUAAAGUACAAGAUCGCUUCGGGAGCAGAUAAUGUUUUUGGACUCGAUGCUACAUCAGGUCGUUUAUAUUCCUUGCGAUCCUUUGACUACGAAGAUGUGGAUCGCUACAACCUGCGCAUCGAAGCAUCCAGUGGAUCUUCCAAUGAAAUCGAGUCAACCCCUGUAUCCAUCACCAUCACUGGCGAGCAAGACGCGCCACAGUUUAACAAACCUACCUAUGAAAUUACAGUACCUGAGGACACCAGCGUAGACACCACCAUUCGAAGUCAAAUGAUGAGUAUCAUUGACUCUGAUACUAGUCCUGGCCAGUUUGAUUGCUCAAUAGAAAAAGUCACUUCUCUUCAAACCAUCGAGCACUUCUCCAUCGUGCAAUCACAAGGUGGAUGUCUGCUGGUGCUGGAAAAAAAACUCGAUUCUUUCAUCACAAAGAGUUUCAAGUUCGAAGUGAGUGCAACAGACCGCGCGUUCAAGCACAUGUACGCCAAGGCUAACGUGAUUGUGACGGUCCAGGAUGUCAACGAUCAUAAACCGGAGUUCUCUAAAACAUCCUACUGGAUUUCUGUGCCGAGCAGUACACCAGCUGAUCGGCAGCUUUUGGAACUUUUGGCUGUUGAUAGGGACACUGGGACAAACGGAGAAGUCAUUUAUGAACUUAGUUCAGGACAAGAGUCACAGAGAUUCAAGAUCCAUAAUGGUAAUCAGUUGUACAGUGCAUCAUCCUUAUCACCAGAUGUAAGGUACCAACUGUUGGUCAAGGCAUUAGACUCUGCCGCAUCCCCUAAAACGUCAUCAGUCACCGUGUACGUAUCAGUUUAUGGCCCCAGCGAAUCCCCUGUCGUGUUUGACAGUCCAAAAUACACCGGAAGUGUAGAAGAAAAUGCUGGCAAGAACACGAAGGUUCUCAAAGUUACGGCUAAAAAAUCAGGCUCCGCGUCUGGAAUCACUUACGAGUUGGUUGGUGGACACACCACUACAAGUGGAACCCCAAUCUUUAUUAUUGACUCUAGUGGACAGGUCACCUUGGAUCAGGCAUUAGAUCGCGAGGUUACCAGUUUUUACAAGCUUAUUAUACGCGCAAAGCAUACUGGGGGUUCAGUUCCCAUGGCAACGGACGUGGAAGGGAUAGUGACUGUUACAGACAUCAACGACAAUGCUCCAAAGUUUGCAUUUAUUGGUAGUUCAAAGGUCGUGACUAUUGAAAAUUACACCCCAACUGGAACUGUCGUCAUCAAGAUAUGGGGUUGGUCCAAAUGCAUAUAACGUGGUUGUAAGUGCCAAAGACGGAUCAUCCACUACAGAAUUCACUUUUAAAAUCGAAGUAGUAAACACACCCCGACCUCCAACGUUCGAGAAGAAGAAGUACACCUUCACUGUAUCGGAAACGGCUGACCCUGGUGCUACAGUACAAAGUAUCAAAGCCAUUUACAGCAAAUCAAACGCUUUCUUGAAGUACACUAUCAUGGAUGGCAACAGAGACAACGCUUUCUGCAUCAAUGGCGCUGGUACGAUAUCCGUGGCGCGAACCCUUGAUCGAGAGAGAGUGCCAACGUAUCUGCUACGGGUGCGCGUUGAAUUGGGUAGUAACACAGAUGACACAUCUGUUUUGAUUAAUCUGCUGGAUAUCAAUGAUGAUCCACCUCACUUUACGAUGAACUCGUUUAUACUUUCUGUUGAGGAAAAUACAGUUAAACCAUUGAGACCCAUCGCAUCUGCGACCGACCGUGACUCCGACAAGAACGGCGAGCUUUCCUACGAAAUACUGCAGAGCGUAGAAACAGACAGUAAAAGUAUGUUCAAAAUUAAUGCCAAAACUGGAGAGCUUUCGCUUGCAAAGACAUUGGACUACGAGAAAGCAAAAGAGCAUAUCUUGUUUAUUAGAGCUCAGGACAACGGAUCGCCAAGAUACAGCUCUAUUGCAAGAAUAACCAUUAACGUUCUAGACCAGAAUGACGAGUUCCCGGUCUUCGCAUCCUCUUUGUAUCGAGGUAAAGUAGCUCUCGACGCAAAUAUCGGUACAAGUGUAAUCCAAGUGCGGGCAUCAGAUCUUGAUAGCUCCUCCAACGGAGAAAUCCAAUACUCCUUGAUCCAGGGCAACGAGGAAGAAGGCUUUCAAAUCAACACCCAAGGAGUGAUUUCUGUCAAGAAACCCCUUACCACUGUUCAGGAGGAAAAGUUUAAAAUCAGAGUAGAAGCGGCGGAUAAAGGCAAGGUGCCCAAAAAAGGAUACACGGACGUAGAAAUUAACAUCUUCCUUCCCGAUGGUCCGCCGAAGUUUGUCGUUUCUCCGGUCAUUGUUAAUGUUACCGAAGGUGUUCCGGGUAACAGCCGAGUGGCUGGUGUGAAAGCCGCGACGUCGGAAGCGUUGACGUAUACGAUUAUCGGUGGGAAUGAAGAUGGCAUGUUCACGAUCAAUCCUUCCACAGGUCAAUUGGACGCAACUCGUGUCUUGGACUACGAAGAAAAGCAACGACACGAAGUUCAGAUCGAAGCGCGUGACACCCGUGACCGAAGCGCGGCUGUCACGCUAAUCAUCAACGUCAUCAACAUCAAUGACAACAAACCUACUUUCCCCGGUGAAGAAGGUGGACAAAUUGAUCGUAAAGCUAUUGGUAUUUGCGAUCCUACAGACAUUGAUACCGGCCGAGUAGUGACCCGUCUUGGUGCCACAGAUAAAGACAAAGGAGACAAAAUCACAUACGAGYUUGAUUCUGAGGGAAAUAAAUACUUUGAAGUCGAUCCGAAUGGUGUAUUGAGAGCCAAACAACCGUUAGACAGCCUCCCCUCGCCUUACAAGUUCCGUGUCAAGGCUAAGGACGAUGGCAAACCACCUCAAGAAAAUGAUGUCAAUGUAAGGUUAGUCUUUCUUCACUAUCCUCCUGAUCAAGACCCCGUUCGCGUCAAAGUACCCGAAGAUACGAAAGUUGGCAGCGUUAUCGCUAAAGCUCCUUUGUACUUUCCCAACGGAACGAUUCAGUUACUCUUUCCCGAGAAAGCCAACUUCAGUAUUAGGAAUAACGGAGAUGUCAUCCUUCUGACACCCUUGGAUUACGAGACCAAACGAUACCACUCGAUAACUGUUCGUGAGAAAGAUUCGACCGGCAAGAUGACCAACGAUGUUGACGUUGAAAUCACUGUAUUAGACGUGAACGACAAUCGUCCAAUUUUCAUCAAGAAAUCAAGGAUCGGUACCGUCAAUACGAACUCUCGCGCAGGCGCAACUGUAUACCAGCUGAAUGCAGAAGACAAAGAUGGAGGAUCAAGCGGAUUGGUUGGGUAUCAACUCGAAGCCCCCGGGGACAACAGACGGCGCAAACGUCGUUCUCUCCCACAGUCGCCAUUUACCAUCAAUCCUAGGACUAAACAACUUGAAGUGGCGGGCCCAUUAGAUGACAAGCGCUAUAAAAUGCCGGUCUAUGCCUUUGAUUAUGGGAUCCCAAGGCUCAAUAGUGAUACCAUCAAUCUGAACAUUGAUGCUUCAGAGGCUGGUCAACUUGCUCCAAGGUUUACUCAAGUGAGCUACCACUUCAACGUCUCUGAAGACGCUGGGUAUUUGCAUCUCGUUGGUACUGUUAAGGCUCGCAGUAUUUCAGGAGCUCGCCUGGACUAUAGCAUUAUCAGCGGAAACCCAGGCGAUAAAUUCAAGGCGUUAGAAAACGGUAACAUCGUUGUGAAUUCACUUCUCAACUUGCAAGAUCACCCAGCUCUUUUUAACCUAAAAGUAAAAGCCAUGGAACAGAUUCCUAAUGGAUUGGCAUCUAUCGUUGAUGUUCGUAUUGACGUUAUUGACGCCAACGAUCAUGUGCCUUACUUUGACCAAAUGCUUUAUUCCAUUGGCACCGCAGAAAGUGCGGGGGUCGGUAAGCUCGUGCACACGGUCAAAGCACAUGACUGUGACUGUGUUCCGGACUGUAACUGCCCUUCUGGCUUCCUCCAGUAUUCCAUCGAACCAUCCAAGGACGACGGGGGAAAGUUUUUCAUUGACAAGGACAGCGGACAAAUAUCCGUCAGCAGUGCCCUUGAUUACGAGGACAAACGAAUCCACAUGUUGAAGGUGACGGCAUCAGACACUGGAAAGAAGGUUUUUAAAGGGAUAUGUUUCGUUAAUGUCACCGUUACCAACGUUAAUGACAAUAUUCCGAUCUUUUCGCAAAUCGCGUAUGAUUUUACGAUAGGAGAGAAAGCCGAACCCAAUAUUCCUCUUGCUGUUGUACUCGCUACCGACGCUGAUGGCGAUCCCGUGACUUAUACCAAACUGAGUGGAAGUGCCUCCUUUAAUGUGGAUCGAAGUACCGGUGUUAUUACGCUAAAGCAAAAAAUUACUUCAUCAAAAACCCAACACUUAAUGCAGAUAGAAGCACGUGACCCUGGUGACUUGUUCAGUCGAGUGAAUGUCGUCAUCAACGUGGACGACGYCAAUGAUCACCGGCCAGAAUUCAAAGACUGCCCUGGUAACUCCAAACCCGUCACAAUUCAAGAAAAUCUGCCGGCUGGUCACCGGGUAUUCCAGGUCGAAGCAGAGGACAAAGAUCGCGGUAAAAACGGACAGAUCCAAUAUUCCAUCGUAGAUGCGCAAUCUCUGAGUGUUUUUAAGAUAGAUAAACGUACUGGAGAGAUCAGGACACUUACCAGCCUCGAUAGAGAAAGCAAGAAAAUGUCUUACACGACCAUCAUUAAGGCCGAGGAUGGAUUAGACUCUCAGCUACCUUCAGAACGGCUUCUUCAAUAUUGUUUCCUAAGGAUCGACGUCUUGGACGCCAAUGACAACCGACCCUAUUUUGCCGAGGUGCAUUAUUACGGUAGCGUCCAGAACACCGCUGCAAAUGGGACCAACAUUCUUACUGUGCAAGCAACGGAUAAUGACUUUGGAUCGAACGCAAAAGUAAAAUAUACGCUCACAAAUUCUGAGGGAGGACUGUUUGCGAUUCACCCUAGCGAUGGUAUUUUAACCGUUAAUGGAGAUCUGAGAAGUUACACGACUAAGCGAACAUUUCUUUUGACUGUAAGUGCUAGAGAUGAACAACCGAGAGCCGGUGAACAACCUGGACAGAACACGAGAUAUUCAACUAAUAUUGAAGUAGUGGUGACGCCUGACCCGCCUCCAAAGUUCACUCAGUCUGUAUAUACCGGAACAGUCAAAGAGGGUGUGGAUACAGGGACUUCUGUCUUGACUAUCAGCGCCACUAGCCCAACGGGAGAGAUCCGUUACAUUGCAGUCAAUACAAACCCUAAGGCGCAUGAACUGUUCCGUAUCAGCGCUGACACAGGAGUCAUAUCAACGGGCUCACAGAUAGACUACGAAGCCGGGAAAAAAUACGAGAUGCAUUUUAUGGCCAAAGAAACAGUGAAUUCCCUGUAUUCCACUUGUAAGGUGAUCAUCACCAUAGAAGACGUGAAUGAUCAACGACCAAUCUUCGAGUUGGGAGUGAACACAGACGCCCGGGUCCUAGAAAACGUAGCUCCGGGUGCAAAGGUGAUAGACAAUGUUGCCUUUGAUAAAGAUACGGGUUCUGGGGGUUCCAUCACUUACUCCUUGAAAAACGACCAAAACUUCGGAAUCAACCCGAGCACUGGCUUGAUAACGACCAAGAUAAAACUCGACCGAGAAACUGUUCCAAACUACGACGUUAUUGUGGUUGCGCGUGACGGAGGAGGUUUGUCGCAGGAAGCCACGAUCUUCAUAACAGUUGUCGAUCAGAAUGACCAGAAACCGAUUUUUGAACCCAAAUCAUACGUAAAAUCAACUCCAGAAGAUUCCCCCGUGGGAACAUCUGUUGUCAGCGUGUAUGCCACAGACAAAGACGUUGGCGAGAAUGCUAAACUGAAGUAUUUCAUAUCUGGAGGAGAUCCCCAAGGAAAGUUUACAGUGAUAACCAAAAAUGAUCAAGGAGUACUCCAAGUUAAUGGGAAACUCGAUUAUGAAACUGUGCCCAAGUACACCCUUGAGAUAACAGCCACUGAUGGCAAGUUUGUUGACAAGGCAACGGUUGUUGUGACGAUUACAGACGUAAACGACCUCCCCCCAGUCUUCCUAAAACCACUAUACAAGUCAGUUCUUCAAGAGAAAACUAAAUCAAACGUAGCCGUUACCACGGUGACAGCAUCUGACAUUGAUGGCCCAUCUGUCACGUUUAGUCUUGGUGAUCGCGGGAAAGGAUAUUUCCAGAUCUCUACCAGGCGAGUCGGUGAAACUAAAACAUAUGAGGGCGAUAUCCAGACUGGUAGUACAGAACUUGACCGAGAGACUUCCCCUGUAAAGAUAUUCUCGGUGAUAGCUAGUGAUGGCAAGCACCAGACGACUGCAGUUGUGAUGGUCAACUUGACUGACGUAAACGACAACAGUCCAAGGUUCCCGUCAUCACCGUACAUUGGUUUUGUGAAGGAAAACCAACCCGCUGGCACAAGUGUGAUGUACGUUCAAGCUGUAGACGAUGACGAUCCCUUUACAAAUGGAAACGCUAAAAUAACAUACGAGCUUACAGACUCGGCGGGCGGGAAAUUCAAAAUCGAUCCUAAGACGGGUCUAAUCACGACACUAGCAGUCUUUGACAGAGAGACACCACCAGAUCAGUACAAGGUCAAGGUCAGAGCUACAGACGAAGGUAACCCUAAAUUAGCUGGAGAGAUCGACGCUACUAUUAUUAUAUCAGAUGUUAAUGACUGGGCUCCUGAAUUCACUGAGAAGUUAUACCGUGGUACGGUAUCCGAGAGAGCACCACCGGGCUACAGGGUGACUGYGGUUAGCGCGACUGACAAAGACAUCGGUCCGAAUGCUGAAUUUGAAUUCGUGGUUAUCGAUGGGAACUUCCCGCAUGCAUUCUACGUUGACCCGUACAACGGGACAGUACUUGUUUCUGGUAUCUUAGAUUACGAAAAGAAGAACUCGUACAGAAUGACGGUUGAAGUGUACGAUCGUGGAAAUCCACCGUUGAAAGGGAAGGAGAUAGCGUACGUAGAGAUCACUGUGACAGACGCUAAUGACAACGCUCCUGUCUUCAUUCCCAACGAGUACAAGAAGAAGGUGCCCGAGAACCUUCCUGUAGGAGAAGAGGUGUUAAGGGUAACUGCAAUCGACGAGGACAGCGGCACCAACGGUAACAUUACAUUUUCGAUAACCGAUGGCAACGAAGAUGAUAUAUUUAUAAUUGAGCCUGAUCCGAAGAACGGUAGUAUUGGAAUAAUCAAGACGCGUCUUCCUGUCGACCGUGAAGCGAUACCAUGGCACCAUCUAGUAGUUACAGCAACAGACCCUGGGGGACUUGAAGGCAAGGGGGAUGUAUGGUUGAACAUUACGGACGKGAAUGAUAAUGGCCCUUGGUUCGUCCCUCCGUUCUACGUAGCGAAAAUCAAAGAAAAUACUGGCGAACGCCAGUUUGUGACUAAACUGAGCGCUAUUGACCCUGAUGAGUACGUUCCUGGUCAGUCUGUAGCUUUUACAAUUGUCAACGGUACCUCAGAUAACAACUUUAGGCCUGAUCCAGGAAGCUUCACGAACGACAGUGCUAAUGUCUACUCAUAUGGUGUAUUUGAUCGCGAGGCUCAGCCAGAAUGGAAAAUAGGUGUUCUUGCAACCGAAAGCAACGAACCCAAAAACACUAACUUCACUUACAUCUACAUUGAUGUCCAGGACGAAAAUGACCAAGAACCAAACGAUGGGUCUCUUAAAAUCAUUGUCAACUCGUACAAUGGCAGCUUCAAGGGUGGGGUCAUCGGGAAACCGUAUUACAGAGACGACGACUUCGACGGAGAUGAAAACAUCUACAAGCUAGACUCGCAAAGUCCUGGAAGCUAUUUCACAGUAAAUGAGAAUACAGGUGACAUUACGGCGCAAAAGGGCAUCCCGCUAGGAAAUUACAAGCUCAAGUUUGCCAUAACCGAGUCAUCCGCAACUACUGGCCCUCGUAAGAACGAUGUGAACUUCCCAAAGACCGUAGCUUCGACUGUAGAUGUCCUGGUGCGUCGAAUCAAUCCGGACGCUGUUAAGAAUAACGUGGCGAUGCAGUUCGUUGAUAUGAGGAAGGUUGGAUACUUUGUUGGUGACUUCCAUGAUAGGUUUGUUAGUACUGUAGGGAGCAUUCUCGGCAAAUCAAGUGAUGAUGUGAAGGUGUUCAGCGUACAGAAGGCUCCCGAUAGAAUCGUAUCAGUCAAUACGUUUUUCGCUGUCAGUUCUGGGGAUAAUGAGUACAUGCCGCCAUUGGAUGUCAUCAACGCUCUUGUGAAGAAAGAGGAGUCUUUGAAAGACCUUGGGCUCAAGAUAGGCGCCAUUGGUAUCGACGAAUGCGCCAAAGAAAAACACAAGAUCGGAAAGUGUACGAACCUCGUCAUGGCAUCCCCCGAGUACACCGUGGCCAGCGGUGAUUAUGGUAAAGUGCCAGCACCAUCAUCGUCUUUGACCAUCGUUUCUAUGGACGUCCUUCUAAAAGCCAAUUACACCCAUAUCUUCCCGCCUACCAAAAGGUGCAAACCUCACAAUCCUUGUCUCAACGGUGGCACAUGUUUUGAAACUGUGCCAGAAUGCCCUGGAUUCGUCUGUAAGUGUCCUCUAGGAUACCAUGGACCUCUUUGUGAACUGACAACACGAACCUUCUAUGGUAACUCCUACAUAUGGCUUCCCAAGUUGACUGCCUACGAAAUGAGUGAAAUUGAAUUUGAUUUUAUCACUUUGACGGCGGAUGGCUUGCUGCUUUACCAAGGACCCCUGGAGAAAGGCUCCAACAAUGGGGCUAAAGAUUUUAUAGCUGUUCCUUUGGUUGAUGGCCGAAUUCAGGUACAUUUGUCACUGGGGCACCAACCAGUUGUCGUCAAAAUGGACAAAGGACCUCGUUUGGAUGACGGAGAAUGGCAUACGGUGCACGUAGCACGACGUCACAAGGAAGUAGAGGUGAUAAUAGAUCGUUGUUCUACAGCUGUUCUUGUCCGUAAAGAGGAUGGGCACAUCAUAGAAAACCGAGAAUCUUGUCACGUCUAUGGCAAAACUUUAGGUCGAUCAGUAUACCUGGAUGGAUUUGGACCUCUUCAGAUUGGAGGUGUUGCCAACCCUAACCUCGAUUACCCUGAUAUUCCCUACAAGGGAUUCCGAGGGUGUAUCAGGAACAUAAAAGAUAACAGCGUAGUGUACGAUCUAAAGAACCCCUUAAGAGUAGUCAAUGCUCCUGAAGGCUGUCAACUUGCCAAACCUUGUCCAAAUUGUAACAACCAGGGCUACUGUGAACCGUUAUUGGCCAGGAAUAGUAUUUGUGUGUGUAAUGUUGGAUACAGUGGCAACAAUUGCAACGGAAGAGGCCCUGCUAGUUUCUAUCUGGAUAACAGCUACACGCAGUACUUGGUAAAGACUUCACGGCGGAAGCGUCGUGAGCUGGUUCCUCCACCUACAUCUCUGCUAAAUAAGUUCUACACUGCUAUCACUUUGCACGUCAAAGUCGAACCUGAUGCCUCGGAUGUGGUUGUGUUUUUAGCAUCCAACCAUAUGGGAACUGAGUUCCAGAGAGUUGAUGUCAAAGACCACAAGCUGCGUUACAUUCUUCGCCUAGGAGACAGAAUGUUGGUCCUCUCAUUCCCUCAGCUCAAUGCAACAGAUAACGUCUACCACACCGUGGUGGUUCGUCGUCAAGGCAAUCGAGCUGUCUUACAGCUUGAUUACAAAGGUUACCAACUGGGAAACACUCGUGGAGAGCGCACACUUUUAGACAUGGGCGGUGGUACAUUAUUCGCUGGUGGUGUACCUAAYGUGACGGUGGUACGAGUAAUUGAAGCUAUCCUCCUUAGCGAUGGUAACAUCAUCUCUCCGGACAGUAAUGGAAUGUCAUUCGGCACUGGUUUUGGGGCCGGGGUGUCUGCAAACCUCGAGAACUUGGAACARUACUUCAAAGUUGCUUCAGAUUCAGCUGGAUUUGCCGCAGUUGCUAAUAACGUCAAGGGUGUAUCUCUGAAAGACUUGCACGUGUCGAGCAGUGAUGAAGGUGGUCAGCGCGAACGAUCGAAGAGAGCUGCCCAGGCUGUGUCAGUCUUAGGAGACUUUGGAGGUUGUAUUGCCGGUGCUAACGUGAAUGGUGCCGAUCUUGAGAAAGAUCCUUCCAUUACCGUCAGGAGACAGAAUGUGGUCAAUGGCUGCCCUUGUUUAACUAAUCAUUGUCUCCAUGGAGGAACAUGCGUGAACGCUAUGCCACCAUACUGUGUAUGUCCUCCUGGCUGGACAGGACCUCGUUGUGAGACAAUUGUUACGCAACCUAAUCCUGGCACUCGUCCCGGUAGUCGAUGGAUGAACCCAGCAGUUGUUGCAAUGAUCCUGGUGGUGCUUGUAGCAGUACUAGUCAUCAUAGCUGCUGUAUUGAUCAAGCGACGUCCUGUUAUCGCUCCUGUCCCCGUCACAGACCACGAGGAAGGACACGUGCAUGAUAAUGUACGACUCUACCACGAAGAAGGCGGCGGGGAAGAAGACAACCUCGGCUUUGACAUCACGAAACUCAUGAAAUACACUUACAUCGAAACUACCAUCCCACCCCGGCACCCAGAUUCUCGUAUCACUGAAGGAGAUGUGGAUGUGCCGGAGAGUGCCCCGUUGCUGCAGGGAGCAGCACCUCCUGCAUCUAGUGGUCCUGCUUUUGGAUUGAUGGGCAGACCAGGGCCCAAGAUACCGAAGUAUGUGGAGGGUGAUGAUAUUGGUGACUUUAUUACUACAAGGGUCACUAUUACCAACAGAGAGGUAUACCUGGCCGUAGACGAGCUCCACAUCUAUCGAUACGAGGGAGAUGACUCAGACGUCGACGACUUGAGCGAGAUAGAAGAUGAAGACGAGGACGAUGAACACGAACAAGAGUUCGAAUUCCUAAAACAAUGGGGAUCAAAAUUCGACAAAUUGUCCAAAAUGUAUGAAGGUGUUGAUGAUUAAGCCUCUUUAAGGCUUUAUUAGUUUUCCAUUAGUUUUCGAUUCCUUUUAUUAAUGAAGAAUUCUUUUUAACAUUACGUAAAAGAAAUUCUGUCUGUUGAAGGAAGAAGCUUAUUUUAAUACUAUAAUAAUAAAGCUGUAAGCGCUUAGAAAAAGACGGAAAACAUCACUGCAAACGUAAUGCUCUUUUCUUGCCAUGAAAGUGAUUGUGUAAGUGUAAGUGAAUUCAUGGUUUGCAAACAUUCUAAAGAGAUUCAAAUGAAAAAGCCAUAAGCCCUGGCAUGGUGGCCAUCUUGGAGGUAUUAACCAAGGAAACRUACCUCCACAAUGGCGGCAUUAACUUAACAUAAAAAGAAAAUUGCUUAAACUAAAAGCAUCAUUUCUUGGUGACUUACGAAUAGUUUGGACUUCUAGAUAAUUUUCAAUGUUUAGAUGAUUUACGCUCAAAAUUCAAACAAAAGUUGAGUCGCGUAAAUGGCCGAAAUAGAAUUAAGAUUUCGUAACGAUUCGAUAUAUUGUGCUUUAGAUCAGUAUUUUUAAAAAUCUAAUAUUUUUAACAUUUUAAGAUACAAAAAAGGAUAAAAGCGAAAGAAAAAUUCGUAUCAAGAAUAUUUGUUAUAGUUAAGAUUUAUAGAUUGUAUUCAAACUCAGUUUCAUUUGUGUUGGGAAUAGCGUCUUCAAUUCCGCGGACGACGUCACAGUUGUGCAUCAUGGGAUCGAAAUGCGGACAAGCCAAGCCCAGUGCACAUGCGCACAUGCUGCAACAAUGUUUUAUAGUUUUGUUUCUAAUUCAUGGAAGAACUAUGGUUUUCCGACGAUAUUCUCUGUCUUUUUCAUGUGAAUCAAAGUCUUUUGCAAGGUUUGUCUGCAUUUCGAUCCCGCACUUUGCAUGCGAUAUCUAUUUUUGAGUAACCGUUAAAAAUGCUGUUAUAAUCAUUUGCUUGUUUUACUUUUUUCUAAUCUUUAAGAAGGCGUUCUUUUCCACUGUUUACUCACAAUAGAGUGCUCGCACUAAACCCGUGAAACAAAUACUAAUUUUUAGUACUAAAUAGUGAUAAUCAAGCAAUAGGAAACGAAGGAUUCUGUAUGAAUUACUACUAAUUAGUACUAAAUAUUAUUCACGGGUUUAGUGCAUGCACUCUAAAUGUUUUUGGAAUGUUGUUCUUAUUUUUAGAUUCUAKAUUCUAAUUUUCAGAACAGUUUGCUUCAUUUACUUAUUUAUGUAUUGAGAGUGUUGUUCAUAAGUUGCAAGGAUUUAUUUGCACGAGUUGUAACAUGUAAUGGUAAAGAUAAUUGAGUUCGUGAGUUUAUAUUCAGGUCUAAUAAAUUUGUCAGCUUUCAGUGGGACUCAAGCACAAGCACACACAUACCUGUUUACGUGCAGGUAGGGUGGCCCUACUGCUAAAACAAACUAUUGCUCACAAGACUUUUUUAGUUCGAUAAACAGGGUGCAUUGUUGUCUAGCGUUGGUAAGAACAACUCCAUAUAAAGAUGUUUGUACUAAAGCAAGACCACAAUGCACCAUGUUGGCAAUCUCAGAAAAUGUCUAUGACAUCUACCUAUCGRCUUAUCUAUCAAUCACGCCGUCCAUCCAGGAGUGGUAAUUGCAUUAGAUAUCUAAUUAAGAAAAUGAUAAAAAAAUACUUGUUCAUACUAUCAGGGUUACUUUAACUUCGCGUAAGGGUCAARACAUCUUUGAUUGUUACGCUUGUGCUCUUGCUUGCGCUGAUGUUAGUUUGUCGAUGUGAAAGAGGAAAAGAAAUGACGACAACAAUAAGAAGCAAUUUGUUAGUAAAAACGGCUUGUACGAUGUCGUUGCUCAAACUCCGCUUCCAAGGAAUACUGCAAAUUUAUCAAAACAUUCUCCAUUAAAAACGUGUGAUCGUUUCGUAAUCAUGAACUGUUCGUCUUUCACAUCAAAGCAAACUCUCUCAAAGUUGAAAUAGUUUAACAUGUACAUUUGUAAAGUCGUGCAUUUUCUCGUAAGGAUAAGAUGCAAUACUGAAUUAAAAGUGUGUAUUGGUAUUAACUGUCUUGAUCUAAAAGAUUUUUAUAGUUCUUUUCUACUAGUUAAUAAAUAAUUUCUCAGUUAAA